AAAGAUUUGCUGGUAGUGCAAAGUUGCGCAGGGGCAGGGGAGACAUCGACGGGACAGUUGCUCAUGGUCAUAUCGCUCUUCUUUUGCCGUAUGGACUGUCCAGAAUCACAUUUUCGAGUCAUGCAUUUGUAACAAAUUGUGUAUGGAUCAGCGUUGAGUCGCAAUUUUGAAGUCGAUUUCGAAGCUUACUCUUUUGUGGUUGCAUAAAAGUUACCGUCGAAGUUAGCUGGUUAGCCUGCCCUGCACAGUCGUUCCAGGAAAAGGAGAAGUUACUACGACUCGCCAGUGGUUUUCUCUGCAGGAAUGUCGCAGCCAGAAAGGCCCACAUUCUAUCGCCAGGAACUGAACAAGACCAUCUGGGAGGUUCCGGUGAGGUACCAGAAACUGACCCCUGUCGGUUCUGGUGCAUAUGGAUCAGUAUGUUCUGCGGUGGAUGAGCAGACGGCUCAGAUGGUGGCGGUGAAGAAGCUCUCCAGGCCCUUCCAGUCAAUCAUCCACGCCAAGCGCACCUACAGGGAACUGCGGCUGCUCAAACACAUGAAACAUGAAAACGUGAUUGGCCUAUUGGACGUGUUCACCCCAGACACCAAUGUAGACGACUUCAAUGACCUGUACCUGGUGACCAACCUAAUGGGUGCCGACCUGAACAACAUUGUGAAAUGCCAGAAACUUACAGACGACCAUGUGCAGUUCCUCAUGUACCAGACCCUCAGAGGGCUCAAGUACAUCCACUCCGCCGGCAUUAUUCACAGGGAUCUGAAGCCCAGUAAUCUGGCUGUGAAUGAGGACUGUGAGCUGAAGAUCCUGGACUUUGGGCUGGCGCGUCAGUCUGAUGACGAGAUGACUGGCUAUGUGGCUACACGCUGGUACCGCGCCCCAGAGAUCAUGCUCAACUGGAUGCACUACAGCAUGACUGUUGACAUCUGGUCGGUGGGGUGCAUAAUGGCGGAGCUGCUGACUGGACGGACCCUCUUCCCCGGAACUGACCACAUAAACCAGCUUCAGCAGAUUAUGCGGCUGACUGGGACGCCGCCCGCAUCUCUAAUUAAUAGGAUGCCUAGCCACGAGGCCAGGAACUACAUCAACUCCUUACCUCAGAUGCCCAAGAGGAAUUUCGCUGAUGUGUUCAUCGGAGCCAACCCUCAAGCGGUGGACUUGCUGGAGAAGAUGCUGGUUCUGGACACAGACAAGCGGAUCACGGCGACGGAGGCGCUGGCCCACCCCUACUUCUACCAGUACCACGACGCGGACGAUGAGCCCGAGGCAGACCCGUACGACCAGAGCUUUGAGAGCCGCGAGCUGGAGAUAGACGAGUGGAAACACCUGACCUAUGACGAGGUGCAAAGUUUCGUACCGCCCGUGGACGAGGAAGAGGACGACAUGGAGUCCUAAAGGUCAGAGGUCGGAGGUGACACCCCAGUCGGUCGGCCUGCAUCAUCGAACAGCCCUGGCCUGACUCGCUAUAUCAAGACAUUCAAGCCCUGCUCUCUCCACUCGGCCUCACAGGACCUUAACAACAGCAAUCAUUGAAGUGCCUCGCAUUGUUUUAUGGGUGUUUUUGGUUUCAUCAUUCAUUCAUUCAUUCAUUUUUUUUUCAUGCCAUUAUUUUCAUUUCCUUUCUUUUUUCCCAUUUGGUCCUCUUUUCUUUCCUUUUUUUUUGCUUUUCAUUUGUUUGUAAAGAAAAAAAAAUCAAGCUUCAACCCAAGCCAGUUUGUCCGUCCUUGACAACAAAGACACAGACAGGGAAAGCGUGACUAUAAAAAAAAGGGAUGUUGUAGUUGUGUGGUUUUUCUGUCAGGAGCGCUUAUUCUGGUGGAAGAGGUGAAUUUGAAGUCCAACCACUAAUUUGUUAGAGGGAAGUUUGUUAUUUUAUGAUAUUGCUGAUAACUUUUGUCUUGUUUUUCACGACAGCUGAAAGAUUUUUCGUCGAAUCGUUCGGAAAGCACAAUGUUUGAAUGUAAUAUUGUAUGCUGGUGACAUUCAAAUGUUGACUUUUUAUCGUAGCCUUUUUCCAUAGGCGUAGUUCAGUAGCUUUAUCGCUCUCUUUGAACAUGGUAAGUCUAUGAACGUCUUUGUAGAAAUUGACUUAAAAAAAAAUGACAAUGUUGGCACGAUGCCCACAGUAGUCUAGGUGAGAAUUAAAUGAUCCCCUCCUCCCCUUCAGUUGAAAGUCAAAACUACCUGAGCCACUGUAUGGUUGGAAUAUCAGUGAAGUACACUAAUGUGUAGAAACGUGUAUCAUUGAUACCAAAUGGACUAAUGUGUACAUAUAGAGGUUCCAUCUUUUUAGGAUGUGUUUUAAUCCCCCUUCGUUCUUUCCUGUACGUUACUUUAUCAAGCAGUCUCUCUGUAUAGCCUUGUGUGUGUGGGUGGGUGUAUCUAUGUUUGUGCGCGUGCGUUUGUGUGUGCGUGUGCCGUCUUGUGUAUAAGGUCUAUGAAUGUGUGUGACAAGGAUUGGAGCUGUUAUAUUUAGAGUGCAAAGAGAAAUAUCAGAUGAAUGUCAAAAGAUGGAAAAAUAGAAAGGAAUAUUUAUACACUGUUUAGGUGAUAUUUAUGAACUGGAGUGAGUGCAUUUUUUUUGUCUUUGUGGGCUUCUUUUACGUGCCUGCUUGUAGUGUGAAUACAACCCAAGAAAUUGUUUACUAAAUAAUAAAAAGACAAUUAUUUUUCACCAAAUGUGAUUCCAUUUAU